UUGCGCACGAAAACAGAAACUUUUUUCAGAAAUUAUUAGUAUUUUGCCGGCAUUUUACUGGAUUUAUACAAAACUUACCAUUAUUAUUAUGAAACAUGGUACCAUAAGUAUAAUUCAAAUAAUAAAAUGAGCUCCAGGCAUGAAAGUGUUCAGGAAAACACUUCUACACCAAAACGACGUCGACUUGGUACAGGUAGAAUUUUGAGGCUGAAUAAGACUAAUAAAGAAAACAGUUUUCUACUUUCCAAUCAUAGCCCUAUUUAUCGAAGAGUUACUGCUACUGUUAGACCUGAAGUAUGUGAAUCACCACCAUUGCCUUCUAACCAAAUCAAAUAUCUGCAUGAUUCACGAAAUAGCAGUUCCAGUGACAUCCCAUCAUCCCCUGGAGUUUUUGAGAAGAAUGACGAACAUUGGGAGUCUUUAUCAUCGACUAACCUGGAUGAUUUGUGUAAGAGCGAAGUUUCAGCUCAUAAAAAUGUGUCUGAAAUUGAAGACAUAUCGGAUGAUAUGUUUCAGUCCAGAUUGGAGCAGGAAUCAAGCCAGGUAAAACCAGAAUCUCAAUUAAAUGUACCUAUAGGCAUUAAUCAGACUGAUUUUGAUACUCAGCUCAAAGAAUCAAGUUUUAUAAGUGGUAGUAAGUUGUUAGAUUUAAGCCUAGAAACAAAAUCAGAAGAGAAUCAAGACAUGAAUGAAUUAUUAACUUCAAAAUAUGAAAAGCAUUUUAGAGAUAAUCUUGAGGAGAGUUUUGAAAUGGUUAAUCAAUCCAUUUGUGGUAUACAAGAAGAAACUAAGAAAUCAGACAGGAGCUCAUUAUUUGUAACUAGGGAUUCUUUUUUACUUGAUAUAAGAGAAAGUGGUAUGAUAACAAGUGAAAAAAACAGUAAUCAUGAGUUUGUAAAACCUAAGACUCCUAUGAAAGACAUUAACAGUGACAAUGGGUUCUAUGGGCUGCCGAUAGUAACAAAAAGCUUGUUCAAGACAUACAGGAAUAUUGAAAAGUUUUAUGACUGGCAAGAAGAAUGCUUGAACCUUGAUGCCAUUAAAGAGAGACGUAAUCUGAUCUAUGCGCUCCCUACCAGCGGUGGCAAGACUCUUGUGGCUGAGGUGCUGAUGCUCCGGGAAGUAUUAAACAGGAAAAAGAAUGCCCUAUUUAUCCUUCCCUUUGUAGCCAUCGUGCAGGAGAAGAUUUGGGCCCUAUCACCCUUUGCAAUAAAGUUGGAUUUUCUGGUGGAGGAGUAUGCAGCAGGAAAGGGUCACUUGCCUCCCAAAAAGAGGAGGAAAAAGAAGAGCAUUUACAUAGCCACCAUUGAGAAGGGGCUGGCUUUACUCAGAAGCCUCAUUGAGUUGAACCGGCUAGAUGAACUUGGGCUUAUUGUGGUAGAUGAGCUACAUCUAAUAGGGGAACCAGGUCGAGGUGGGACCUUGGAAAUUCUGCUCACUACUGCCAUGUUUGCUAGCAAAGACAUCCAGAUAGUAGGCAUGAGUGCGACGAUCGGCAACCUGCCCGAGAUAGCGGAGUUUCUAUCGGCGCGCGUGUUCGAGCGUCACUUCCGACCCGUGGCGCUGGCCGAGUUCGUCAAGCUGGGAGACUCGCUGCACAAACUGGUGGCUAAUGAUGAUGGAGUGGACGCCGUGCUGGAGAGGCAGCUGGCGUAUGACUAUUCGUCGGCGGCCGUGACGAUGGAUCCAGACCUGCUAGGCGGGCUGGUAUCAGAGGUGGUGCCGGGAGCCAGCUGCCUGGUGUUCUGCCCCACCAAGCGGAACUGCGAGAACGUUGCGGCAUUGCUGUGCAAGCUGCAGAGAAGAGAAAUGACAUUGCACCGGACAGCCGAUCGUGUAUCCCUCGCGAGCGCGUUGCGCGCUGAAGGUGCCAGCAGUGACUUAGUAAAGUCCGUCCGCUACGGAAUCGCCUUCCACCACGCCGGGCUCGCUGGUGACGAGAGAAGUCUGCUGGAACAGGCUUUUAGAAACGGCGUAAUCUCGGUCCUAUGCUGCACGUCAACUUUAGCCGCGGGUGUGAAUCUACCCGCAAAGCGCGUGAUCGUGCGCGCGCCGCUAGUAGGCCGCGAGUUCAUUACGCUGGCUGCCUACCGCCAAAUGGUAGGCCGGGCGGGCCGCGCCGGCGUGUGCGAGGAAGGUGAGAGCAUUAUAAUCUGCGGCGCGCGCGAGUGGCCGCUUCUACGCGGCGUGCUGCGUGGUGGAUUACUUGCGGCCGCGUCGCAACUGGCAUCCGCUGCGCCUGCGCUCGCGCUCAGCGCGGCUGCGUUGAAACUGGCUCACACACGCGUGGGACUGAGAGAGCUGCUGGCCAGGACGCUGCUAGCGAGGAGUUCGGAAGUGGACGUGAAGCAGCUCUGCGACGAUUCCAUUCGCAGCCUCAUCCAGUCGGGCGCUCUACAGGUAGCGGGCGGAGAAAGAGACCCUGACGAUACUACGUGCUACGUGCGGGAUGACGACGAGUUGGUCGUCAGCAAGCUGGGUCGAGCGGCUAUCAAAGGAUGCAUGGAUCUCAGCACCGCCAAACAGCUGCUUGAAGACCUGAAGGUGGCUUCGCAAGGCCUGGUGCUGAUGGGCAGCCUGCACCUCAUCUACCUGGUCACGCCGCACGACGCGGCUAGCAUCAGGCCCGACUACAGGCAUUAUUACACCUUGUAUGGGACUCUAGAUGAAGAGGGUUUGCAGACGGCAAAGAUACUUGGCAUUACAGAAAUGAACGCCAUCAGGAUGAUGACCGGAAAACCUAUUACGAAUGUUCCGGAGCGAGUGUUGUGCCGGUUCUACUUAGCGCUGAUGCUGCACGACCUUUGGAAACAAGUUCCCUUUCCAGCAGUUGCAGAUAAAUACUGUCUCCCUCGUGGUACAGUGCAGUCCGUAAUGGCAAGUGCGUCAUCGUUCGCGUCGUGCGCGCAUAAAGUUUGCGAGGAGUUGGAUUUGCGCUGGUUCACGCCGCUCAUGCAAGAACUAGCAUCUCGUCUGCAGCACUGUGCAGCGCCAGAAUUACAUCAGCUGAUGGAACUGCCCGCUGUUAAAAAGGCACGCGCUCUGCAACUGAUGAGAGGCGGUUACAAGCGGAUCGAAGACGUGGCGAAGGCUUCCGUAGACGACCUAGUGGGAACCGUAGACCACCUGUCUAGGACUGCCGCUACACAUCUCAUCAGUGCUGCUAGGAUGAUGCUGAUAGAGAAGGUAGAAAACCUCAGGGCCGAGGCUGAGGACGUCAUGGAAGAGCUUAACUUGUGAUAAUCAUGAUUAAUGUGAUAGUAAACUAUUGAACCAAGCAUUAGGUCAAAUCGAGAAAACAAACAUGGAUCUUAUUUAGGCCUUUUUCUUUCUAUACUGAAAGGAAAUUAAU